AUGGGAAAGCCCUAUUCAUAUCAACUAGUAAAUAAAAACAAUAAUACAAAAACACACAGUAACAUGUCGUUCAAUAGUGAGGACUGGAUUUUGUGUUUGGCCAUAAUUAAACAAAGAAACCCUAUCCUAUGGCAUGAGCUAACUGUCGUCAAUAGCAAUGACUUUGCCGUGGGUUUAAUAAAUUUCGAAGAUUGUCCAAUAAAAAUUCCAAAAGUCUUGCAACCACUUUUUGUUAAAAGAACAACGUUUUGGAAGAAUAUUUCUUUAGGAUACAAAUUUCAAAUGCUAAAUAAUGGAAAAGUUAUCAAUUUUUCGACCAACGAUUUCAUCGAACUUAAGAAUAUUGCAAGUAGUUUAUGCAAAGCAGCACACACAAGAGAUAUCACGCCACGAUAUGAUAUAUGUGUCAAAAUUUUAAGUCUUUACAAUGAUCAAAAGUACUCUCAAGAGUUAAUGAACUUUAAAGAUAUCUAUAUAUUAUAUCGUUCCCUAAAAUGGAUUAUAAUAUCAUACUUUUGUUUUAACCAGGAAAUGUCAGCCAAAGUAGCAUCAGGCACAUCACCAACUAUUUAUUGGAUAUUUGGUAUCAUCACAAGAUUAAUAUUUCCCUCAGAUUCCCAACCACCGUUUGGAUCAAAAUUAAGAAUGCAAGAAGGAGCUCAUUUUUUCUCCAAAAUAUCCCAAUCAAAACUAGAAGACCAUCCAUCUGCUCUUCAAACAUAUUGCUCUUUUCAAAUACCCAUCAUUGCUACGAUCAUAAACCUUAAACUGAGUAUGUGUAGCAAGAACUCCAUUGUGAUCACAGAAUGGAAAGAAAUACACAGAGACAUUCAUGAUUUUUUACUUCUAAUAGAGAGUAUAUGCCAUAUUCUAGCAAUUAAUAUACUGAAAACUAAAAAAAGUACUUCUUCAAAGUUUAACAAACCAGCUUAUCUCUUAAUAUUUGAAAAGCGUACCGAAUGUAUACCUUCCUUCUUUAUUAGUCGGAUCCGAUCUCUAAAAAGCGAUAUACAUUGGUCACGAAAUGUAAAAUAUGCACUUUACUCGAUGCUUGAUGCAGUAGAUAUGAUUAGUUGGUCCGAGGUUCGUUACGUUCCUGGUAAUGAGAAAACUGUACUUAACGACUCUGAAACUAUACAUAAAAUGGGGAAGUACAUACUGGCUGCCCUUCUGGUUAUUGGUGAUUUAGAUUUAUGCUCACGAUUCCGUAUGAUAAAUUUUACAAAACAAACUGAGCAUCUCCUUCUUUAG